GACGUUGUUGAACUGCAGGUCGGAGAGAAAGAGCAAACAGAGGACCUCGGAGUUGUCAAAUGGUUGAACUAUGGCUGCUCCUGUUAGCAUGUGCUGCCGUCUGUUUGACAGAAACGGCGCUUUGACACGUGUUAGGAAACUGUUUGCACGGCGCGUGAACAGAAGCAUCGCGCGGAGCUGUUCCGGUGUUACGCACGAGGAAAAUGAACUUGAACUCACAGACUCGACUAUUGCUGGUUCCAACUUCAAAACCAGGGCAACACAGAAGAGGCUCAGGGACGACAGCAUACUUCCCUUUUCAGCGUUCUUGACUGACAACUUUGGCCGCAGGCACAACUACCUACGAAUCUCCCUCACAGAGAAAUGCAACUUCCGCUGUCAGUACUGCAUGCCAGAGGAGGGGGUGAAGCUCACACCACGGGGCCAGCUGCUAUCCACCUCUGAGGUGCUGACCCUGGCUCACCUCUUCGUCCAAGAGGGGGUGGACAAGAUCCGCCUCACUGGAGGGGAGCCGCUCAUCAGACCUGAUGUGCUCCAUAUUAUCACUGAGCUCAGAAAGUUGGAGGGCCUCAAGACUAUUGCCAUGACAACCAAUGGCAUGAACUUGGCUCGGCUUUUGCCAAACCUUAAAGACGCCGGAUUGGACCUGAUCAACAUCAGCCUGGAUUCAUUAGUUCCUGCCAAAUUUGAGUUUAUUGUCAGACGGAAAGGGUUUCACAAAGUAAUGGAGGGCAUUGAAAAGGCCAUUGAAUUGGGCUACAGUCCUGUGAAGAUCAACUGCGUGGUCAUGCGAGGCCUCAAUGAGGAAGAGCUGCUUGAUUUUGCAGCACUGACAGAGAAGAAGCCUCUGGAGGUGCGCUUUAUAGAGUACAUGCCCUUCGAUGGCAACAAGUGGAACUUUAAGAAGAUGGUGAGCUACCAGGAGAUGCUGGACCGCAUCAGGCAGAAGUGGCCCGACCUGGAGAAGCUUCAAGCUGGACAGACAGACACAGCCAAGACAUUUAAAGUGCCAGGCUUCAAAGGUCAGCUGGGCUUCAUCACCUCCAUGUCUGACCAUUUCUGUGGCUCCUGCAAUCGUUUACGCAUCACUGCAGACGGAAACCUAAAGGUAAAGCCGAUAAAGCUUUAAAGCUGUGCAUGAGGUCUGUUAUUGUCCUAUGGCACAAAUGACCAUGUAUGCAUGUGUGCACUUAUAGAUGGCCGGAGCUUGUGGGAGGCAGGUUGUGGAGCAAAAAGGGUGGUUUGUGAUUUGUUAAUAAGUGACAGAAUCUUUUGCUGUUACUUGAGUUUUUCAUAAUUUUGAUGAGAAUCAUAUUGCUUUUAUACAUUUUUCUUCACCUUCAUGUAUCACUGUCCCUUUUUCUUCACCAUUAAGGUCCUUUGAUUCUCAUUCUGUUCAUUCCCUUUGUGUUUGAGACAAAACUUUUAACUAAUUAGCAUCAACAUACACUGAAGGUGUAGAGGAGGCUGCAUACACUUCACUCUGAAACACUGAUUUCAGUGGUUUGUGCCAAGCAACAGGAUACAAGCACAACUACAGAGCUCUUGCAGGCACUACGGUCAAAGUUCAGCAGAAUGUAACUUUGACCACUGUGAACUAUGACGACUGCCUGUCUACCCAAUAGGAAGAUGGCAUCUCUUUUUACUGGUAAGGUCAGCUACAGGCUAUCUCUGCCUUCAGCUGAAUAUGGCAAAAGAUGG